AUGGCGGAUGCAGACAAGGACGGCAGAAACAACGACAGCGGCAACGGCAAUGGCAGCGUUCCCGCUCCCACCCCAGCUCCUGCCACAAAGAACAAGCGGGACCGGGAGAAUGGCAUGUUCGCAGACUCGCUUGUGGACGCGAGAUCCGAAGAGCUCGACGGCCUGCUGCAGAGGAAAUUGGACCUCUUGUUUGAAAAGAACCGAAUGAUGGACAUCUUCAACUUUAUCAUCAAACACCGGCCAGGGACCCCAGUACGGCCCCAUCAGUCCGUCCGUGGCUCUUACAAUGCCGUCUUCGGCGUCGAAUACACCGACGGGCAUGCGAUCCUCCGGGUGCCGCUUCCAGGGAGCGUCGCUUUUGGAGACGAGAAGGUCCGAGCCGAGGUGGCAACCAUGCGGUACAUCGAGAAGAUGACCUCGGUGCCCGUGCCGCACAUCUACCACUGGGGCACCGCCGCGGAGAACCCCCUCGGGCUCGGUGCCUUCAUCAUUACGGAAUACAUCCCCCACGCAAAGAAUCUAACCGAGGUGCUCGGUGUACCGAAUGUCGAGGGUGGCCAGCAGAAGUAUCUGGACCCCAAUGUUCCCAAGGACAAGCUCGAACGCAUGUACAAGCAGGUCGCCGGCAUCGUCCUGCAGCUCUCCAAGCUGGAGAUGCCCAAGAUCGGCUCUCUCCGGGAGGAGGAGGAAGGGGGCUCCUUCAUCGUCGGCGGCCGCCCACUCACCAAGGACAUGAACGACCUGGUCACCAUGGGCGGGAUCCCGCCCGCCGUCCUCCCGCCGGAAGACGCCACCUACCGGACCUCGGACGAG